AUGAAGUCGAAUGAGAUUGAGCAUGCAAUCCACCCUGGUCACGUUCUGAAAUUGAAGUGUUCUGAGAAUCCAUACACAUGCGACGGAUGCAAAGAGCUAGGUUUGAGCCGUGUUUCCAGUGCGAGCAGUACAGCAACUUCCAUCUGCAUGAGGAAUGUGCAAGGGCUUCGCCUUCAAGGUCUGCUUUCCACUCUUUUCUCAAGAAAGGUUCUCUUCUAUUCCUCGAGAGACCAGGAUGCUGCAGAUACUGUGAGGCCUGUGGGAGGGAGAUGGAGGGAUUUCAAUAUCAAUACUCGCGUGACGCAACACGCGGCUUGCAUCCAUGCUCUAGCUUGCUUGAAAGACAUGCUUUAUCGGAACUGGAGGAGCCAAUUAAUUCAUGCAGCAGCAGCAGCAGCAUCUGGAGAAAACUUUAAUAUUCAUAAUGCCAUCAUGCCCAGACCUCAUCAAAGUGAAACAAUUCAAGACUUGGUACUAUUCCAAGGAGGGCUUUCUCAUAAACUCAAGCAGUUCUGGAAGAAACUCGUGUUGGUUAUCAAGUUCAUGGCGUCCUCAAUUUUCGGAAAUCCAACCGCUGGAUCUUCCUCCAUUUAUGAAGCAAUGAUCUCCAUUGCAACCACACAACUUACAAAUGUUGCUGGUACCACAUCAAGAUACCGUUAG